AUGGGUGGUAUCCUAAAAAAUCCGCUUCCUCAGAAUGAACAAGAAUUACAAAGUCUGGACUCCGAAUCUGUUAGUGAAUUCAGACAGCAGGUUUUAAAGAAUACAAGGUUAAAUGCUCAGCUGACAUCCAGACAGAAAAAUAAUGCGUCAAUGACACUCUCUUCCCCCCCAAGACACACUGUGCCUAAGGAUAUUCUAAGCCUGAAGAGGGAACAAGAGGAGAAUGAACGUCUUCAAUGGAACCAGAAAAACUUGGAUGAGAAUGAGAUAACGAAGCAACAGUACCAGGACAUACAUGUUGAUGAGCCGAAGACGCCUUAUCAGGGUGCUAUUGAUCCCGAUGGGGAGUAUUACAGGCAGGAUGAGGAUGAGGACUUAGAUAGUUUCACCCUUGGCGAUCCUGAAUACAGAGUUGCAGAAACACAGCAACGAGAUGACGUACUCAACGACGGUGUUCGCACAGUAGGUGCGCAGGGGCAAGGGGAUGAAGGAGAUCAGGGCGAAAGGUCUGAUGGUGAAAACGAUGAUGCUAAUGCUGAUGUUGCUGACGAUGAUGAUGAUGAUACUGAUGCUAGGCACAAGAGAUUUGAGGAGAUGAGGAAAAAGCACUACAACGUAAAAGAAAUUUUUAAGAACCGCCAUUCCUAUGAAGACGAAGACGAAUAA